UAAACUGACAAACUUUUACGACACUUAACAAACCCAUUAACGGCGGUGUCAUGGCGGCGUACGGAGUUAGUUUUGAGAGUUCAAGCAGCAUUAACGAACGGAAGGAAAACAAACGGCAGGCACGACAAGAGGUGCUAGAAAAGGCCAAGCAGCAAUAUGAGAGAGAAGAGAGGAGGAAGGAGUUGAAGAGGCAGCGAGGGGAGGACACUUGGAUGCUCCCAGAGAUCAACCAGAGGCUGCAGCAGAUGCACGAAGAGGGCUCUGUAAAGAACAAAAAGAAGAAAGAGAAGAAAUCCAAAAAGAAGAAGGAGAAAAAGAAGAAGGCCAAGAAGGAGAAGAAGACAGCAGAAGCAGGAGAUGGCUCCAGCGACAGUUCAGAGGACUCAGGGGAGGAGUGGGUUGAGGCUCAGCAGCAGACACAGACUACUAAAGCCUGGCAGGUUUCUAAUGAAUCCAAGCCUUCGGAGAGCGACAUCAGCCCAGCCCAAAAUGUCCAGAGAGACGAAUGGAUGACUUUUGACUUUCUGGCAAUGAAAACCACAUCCACAACUGAGAGAAGGGCUGAGAAAGAACGACUGAAAGAGGAAGAGCGAGCCAAGGCUCAGGCCAUUGAACAGGCUGGUUUGCACAAACUGGAGCUGAACCCGUACUGGAAAGAUGGAGGAACUGGUCUGCCCCCAGAGGAGACGGCUGGUACUGCAGUCAACAAAGCCCCAGUAGUGAAUGAUGGUGGUCUGAGCUGGCUGAGAAAGAGCUACCAGAGGAUGAAGGAACAGGCAGAGAGGGAGCGACGCAGCCUGAACGAUGUGGUGGCCGAGAGAUACGGAUCAAUGGAAGAAUUUCAGCAGAGACUUGCUGAUGCUGAGAAAGCUGUGUUCGGUCAGAGGAGAGGAGAAGGAGACGGUCCAGCAAGAGGAGGGUGGAGGAAAGGAGGGGAAGAGACCAGGGAGAGAUGGAGGAGAAAAGGGGGAGAUGAAAGGAAGGAAAGAGACUCAUCGCCUAGAGACAGAGAGCGAUACCAUGGUGGAAGAGGUGACGAGAGGGAGAGGGAAAGGCAUCGAGGAAGACAGGAAGAAAGAGGGCGAGAUGGAGACAGGUAUAGUGAGAGGGAGAGAGUUAGAGAGAAAGAAAGAGACAGAUACGGGGACAGAGAAAGAGAUAGGGAGAGGGAUGGAGAAAGAGACAGAGAUAGGGGCAGGUAUAGGGAUGGAGACAGAGAAACAGAUGGAUCCAGUGCAUCAUCAUCAACUUCUGGGCAAAGUUGGAACCAGCGUGCCCUCUCUCUUGGGUCACUAAAAGGCCGCUUCCUCAAACCCUCAGAAGAGGAUGACAGUGGUGAAGCUCCACAGCAUUCUUGCCCUCCUCCAGCACGUCCAUCCGCAGGAUUCCUGAAACCCAGCUCCGAUGAUGAGGACUCUGGCCCACAUGACAGCAAAGUUCCAGCCUGGAAGAAGAGCAGCAGUCCUGGCCCUGAAUCUGCCAGCUUCAAAAAGCCACAACAGGAUAAUAGGAGGGAUGCUGAGAAAACUGCAGCUGCUCCCGAAGCUGCUGUGACAUCAAGGGCUGAGAGUGAAAGUGAGGAAGAGGAGGAGGAAGAAGAAAUUCCACUACUAUCAGAAGAAGAGAUGAACAAACUGGGAUCCAAGCUGAUCAAGGCAGAGAUGAUGGGCAACACGGCGAUGGUUGAGAAGCUGAAAUCCCAGCUGGAGGCAGCUCAUAAAGCAAAGGAGAACUACGCUGCCAGAAAGAAGCAACAAGACACGGCUAAAUCAAACCAGGUCACAAGUCGCUCCAGUGAAGACCAGGAGGUCCUGCUGUUCAGAACGGAUCAGUCUGGUCGGGCCUGGCCAGUCAAAGCCCCCUCUGGACCUCAUGAGCCUCAUGGAGGACGGCGGAAGAAGAAACCGAUUGAGACCCAUGCUGACGGGCAGCGCAUCCGCUACUUCCAGGAUGAUGACAGUGUUGGUCUGCAGGAGAUGGUCAGAAGGGAGAAGAUGAGCUCUGCACAGGAUCAGAAUGCCCUUUAUUCUCGUAUGGCCUCCAAGAUGAUGGGGAAAACGGAUGGUGACAACUACACGCUGGAUGACAUGUUUGUGUCGAGUGCAGCGCAGCGGGAGGGCGAGGGGAGGGAGGAGGAGAGGAUGAGGAACAGAGCCAUCGGGGAGAGUAGGAGGCUGGCUGCCUCCAUGGAUAAAUGCCAGCACUGUUUCAGCAGCACUGAGCUCCGGAAGCAUCUUAUAGUGGCAAUAGGCAGCAAGGCCUACCUCAGCCUGCCUGCAGGAGUGUCCAUGACGGAGGGCCACUGCCUCAUCUGUCCUCUCCAGCAUCACUGCUCUGCUACGGGAUUGGAUGAGGAUGUCUGGUCAGAAAUGCAGCUGUUCCGACGUACCUUGGUGCGAAUGUUCGAGUCCCAGGAGCUGGACUGUGUUUUCAUGGAAACACACAUGAACCCACGUAGAAGACAACACAUGGUCCUCGAGUGUAUCCCUCUACCCAGAGAACUGGGCGACAUGGCACCAAUAUACUUUAAGAAAGCUAUCAUGGAGUGUGAUGAGGAAUGGGCCAUGAACAAAAAGGUCGUUGACCUUUCCUCGAAAGACGUCCGCCAAGCUGUUCCUCGAGGUCUGCCAUACUUUGCUGUAGACUUUGGACUCCAGGGAGGGUUUGCUCAUGUUAUUGAAAAUGAACAGAAGUUCCCUCAUUACUUUGGCAAGGAAGUGGUAGGAGGCAUGAUGGACUUGGAGCCUCGGCGCUGGAGAAAGUUGAUUAAAGAAAAUUUUGAUGAUCAGAGGAAAAAAGUCCUACAGUUUGCACAGUGGUGGAAACCGUACGACUGUACAAAGACUGAAGCGUAGCUGAACACACACUAAGAGAAAGGCUGUGCUGAACCGUGAAGAGUAAAUACACAAACCAUGCUGUGGUUCUCAGUGUAGGAAAUGCAUUUGGUGAAUGAGGUGUAGACACUAUUUCACCUUAAAAUUUACAAUUUGAUGUAAAAUCCGUAUUAGUAGUUAGAAUGAGAGCAUUUUUACCUUAAGAAAAUGAAUAAAAUGGCUUUGAUAGAU